AUUUCUUCCACCGCAGAGUGUUUAGCUUCGGAGCUCAAAAUUGGAAUCGAUCUGAUCGAAUUCUAUCAUUUAUAGUCGUACGAAGCUAGAUUUUGAUUGGUAUUUACAUCAACUUUUGGCUGGAGUGAUUAAACGUCAAUAUGGCACAUUUACUGUCAACUUCUUGUUCUUUGAAGCCUUCAGCCAACAUAAAACCUUGCUCUAGACCACUGAAUCAAUGUUCUGCUACUUAUCCAACUUUUUUUACAGUACAAACUUCCCGAUCCCCGUUUAAAAGACUUGUUUCACAAGAAAAAAGAACCCAAAGACCCUGUACUGUCUAUGCAACUGCAGCUCCUAUAAGCCACGAAGCCCAAACCAAACCCAACUCUGGCUCUCAUCUCAGCAUCACUGAACCAACUAAGCCGAAGAGGGUUAUGGUCAUUGGUGGAGAUGGCUACUGUGGGUGGGCCACUGCCCUACAUCUCUCCAAUAAGAAUUAUGAAGUUGCAAUUGUUGAUAGCAUGGUCCGCCGCCUCUUUGAUCACCAACUUGGCCUUGACUCCCUCACCCCUAUCUCUUCCAUCCAUAAUCGCCUCCGCCGUUGGAAAACUCUCACUGGAAAAACCAUGGAGCUCUACAUUGGUGACAUCUGUGACUUUGAAUUCCUAGCAGAAACCUUUGACUCCUUUAAGCCUGACGCACUGGUUCACUUUGGCGAACAAAGAUCAGCUCCGUACUCAAUGAUUGAUCGUUCUAGAGCAGUAUUCACACAGCAGAACAAUCUUAUUGGAACACUUAAUGUUCUUUUUGCGAUAAAGGAAUUUAGAGAGGAAUGUCAUCUUGUGAAACUUGGGACUAUGGGGGAAUAUGGAACUCCCAACAUAGACAUUGAGGAGGGAUACAUAACAAUUACUCAUAAUGGACGAACAGAUACUUUGCCUUUUCCAAAGCAGGGAAGCUCAUUCUACCACCUGAGCAAAAUUCAUGAUUCAACCAAUAUAGCCUUUACUUGCAAGGCUUGGGGGAUCAGAGCCACUGAUCUGAAUCAAGGAGUGGUCUACGGGGUCAAGACCGAUGAGACUGAAAUGCAUGAAGAGCUCUGCAAUAGGUUUGAUUAUGAUGGAGUGUUUGGAACAGCACUUAACAGGUUUUGUGUCCAGGCUGCUGUUGGACACCCAAUUACAGUAUAUGGCAAAGGGGGACAGACCCGGGGAUACCUCGACAUCCGAGAUACAGUCCAAUGUGUUGAGCUUGCUAUUGCAAACCCAGCACAGCGUGGUGAGUUCCGGGUUUUCAACCAGAUCACUGAGCAGUUCUCUGUCAAUGAACUUGCCGCACUUGUCACAAAAGCAGGAAAGAAGCUAGGAGUGGAUGUACAAACCGUAUCUGUGCCCAACCCACGGGUGGAGGCAGAAGAACAUUAUUACAAUCCUAAGCAUACCAAGCUUAUGGAAUUGGGCCUGAAACCACAUCUCCUCUCUGAUUCUCUUCUUGAUUCGUUGCUCAAUGUUACCAUCAAGUACAAGGAUAGAGUUGACACAAAACAGAUUAUGCCAAAUGUUUCUUGGAGAAAAAUUGGAGUGAAGCCAAAGACAGUUGCAGCCUAAUUGGGUAGCCAUUAGCAUAGGAUUCAGUCAAUAUGAGAAAGUUGACGACAGCCUUGUUGUUUUAUUCUAAUAUAAACAUGUAUUACCUGUGACAUUUUUGGGGUCUGUUGUUUGGUGAAAUUCUCACUCCAGUCAGCCUGGUGAGUCAACUUGCCUGAAUUAGUUGGAUUUUUAUUCUCUGCCAUUUAAAUAACAGAUUGAAGUUCGUCAGUAACUAAUGUUUGGAUGGAAAUUUUUCUUUUCUUUUUUCUUUUUAAAUGAGAAUGCCUGGAUAAAACUUGAUUCCACUUGAAC